CUCCUUAUCGUUGUCUGGGCAACCGUAAAAGACGCUUCACAGCUAGAGGCGCGUCGUAAAACCGAAGGGCUAAUAUCUUUUAUAAUUGUCAAAUUCAGACAUAUGCUGCUCGAAAAACACUGGGAUAUAACAGGAGUCCCGAGGAGAAGAGGUCGCAGCUUUGUUGUAGAUUUGUAGCUCAUGGCUGUGUAUUUUGAUCACCGAGCGGAGGCUCCUGACAGCAGUGGAGUGCCGGUCCUCAUCUCAUGGCAUUCCAGUGUGUGUGUGCUGGCCGUGGGCUCUGUGAACCCCUCUACUGGGGGCUGUGUGGAUCUUUACCUGCAGCAGGGUGAACAUGUCGAGCUGUGUCAUGUAGAACGGGGAUUCAGCCCCUCGCUUCUGCAGUGGCACCCAAAUAAACCCCUGCUGGCGGUGGGGUGGGAGACGGGUGAGACCAUCCUCCUCUCACACCCGUCUGGUGAACACACACCCCUGCCCAACAACACACACACCGCCUGCAUCACAGUGCUGGAGUGGAGCAGUAACGGCAGCAGACUGGUCACCGGAGAUCAGGCUGGUGUGAUGGCGGUGUGGAAGGUGGACGCUCGAGGGAAACUGCAGGGAUCUCCUCUGAUUAAACAUGACUACAGUAGACCGCUGACCUGCUGCAUCUUCAGACCUCCACCACCUGCUGAGGAUGUAGCGAUGCUGGCCCGUGCUGCUGUUAGCGGGGAUGAAAAUGCUCUGGACAUGUUUAACUGGAAGAAGAGCAGUAAAGGAGCAGCGUUUGCUCUGGGAUCUCAGGAAGGACUUGCUUUUUACAUCAGCACAGCAGAUGGGAGUGUGUACAGUGUGGAUGAGCAGGUGAAGAGUGUGCCUUUGCUGUCAGUUGAGAGUGCCGUACAUAAGAUGUGGUACUCCAAGAGAAGAUCUGCUCUCGCUGUAGUUACAGACUCACUGCAGCUUUCACAGUUCAGUCUCGGACCAGAAGGCUUCGCUCAGGAGAUCAGCAAGGUGAAGCUGAGUGGCAGAGGAGGGCCGAAUGCAGACGUUGUGUGGACAGAAGGCGGUUUGCUUAUCACAGCAUCAGGAGAACUCCACAUCAGGUUGUGGCAUGUGGAGCUGGAUGAUCAUUACGCUCUAUCACUGGAUGAAUCUCUGGGCUUUGAGAAAGGAGAACGGCUCAACUGUGUUUCUUUUUGCACUUCUAAACAAGUUCUUGCAGCAGGCACCAGCAGGGGUCGAGUUGCUCUGUGGCACAUGCUGACGGUGAGCGAUCAGAAAGGAGACUCCAAAACUCAGUGGAAACUCCAGACACCAGCAGAAGUGGAAGGAAACAUCUCACAGCUACAGUGGGGUUCCAGCGCUCAUCUGUUGGCCGUGUGUAGCAGCAGUAGUGUGGUGAUCCUGUCGGAGCAUGUGAUGUGUUCUCAUUACAGCCAGCAGAUGGCAGCAGUGCAGCUCACACCAACUCAACUCAGCCUGGCCAACUUCACCAGCAACACACACAUCACCUUCAACACAGACACACACAUCAGAGCCGUGCAGCUCACCAAGAAUAUGGUAGCGGUGUGGAAUGGGAAAAUGAUCACCGUUUAUGAGCCUUCAGGACAAACGUUACACAGCACAGGCUCAUUCCAGUGUGAGUCUCCUGCUCUUGCGCUGCAUGAAGAAAACAUUUAUACUAUAGAACCAAACCGUGUCCAGAUCCGCACACCACAGGGCACCGUGAAGCAGUUGUUGGUGUUUUCUGAAGCGGAAGGAAACCCGACUCUACUGAGUGUCUGUGGAUCUUACCUGGCUGUGGGAACAGAUACCUGUCACAUCAGGGUCUUUGACCUCACUCGCAGGGAGGCCAAACCCCUGGGUGUCACAAAGAACCUCUCAGAGCUCAUUUCUGACCUGGGUGCUCUGAGAUCAGUCAAAUGCAACGCCAGCGGAAGCCAGAUUAGUGUCCUCAUUACACAGAUAAACGGACGGCCAGAUAACAGGGUGUAUUUCUAUGACAUCGAGCUGGACACAUUGUCUUACUUUGACUUCUUCACGGGGAGGCCACAGAGCAGCCCUGAACAGUCUGAGGACAGUCAGAGAAGUCGUUGUGAAGAGGAGCUGGCCGCUCGAUGCCCUGUUUCUCAGUUCUGGGAUGAGAACGAGCCUCGUCUGUUUGUGUGUGAAACCGUGUCUGUGAACUCUGACCUCCACGGCAGCAGGCAAAGACAAACAGAGAAGGAGGAUGUGAUGGUGGUGACGUUCUUUGUGACGCAGGAACACGGUCUCCUCCUGCAGGACUCGCAGCCUAAACCUGCAGCACUGCUUGGUCUGCUGGCUCUGGAUACACCAUACUACUAUUAUAUCUGCAAGCUCUUAUUUCGAAGGGGAUGCGUCGUUCUCCCCUAUCUGGGUGAGAGUGGCGAUCAGGGGUCUGUGGUCUCCUCCAGCUCGGCCCAGGGGUCUUCAUCUCCUCAGAUGGUGGUGCGACAAGCUCUUCGAGACUUUGUUGGGCUGGAGGGCUGUGAGAAGCAGACCCGAGACGCCAUGCUGAACUUCAGCUUCUACCUCACCAUAGGAGACAUGGAUGAAGCCUUUAAAGCCAUCAAACUCAUCAAGAGUGAGGCAGUGUGGGAGAACAUGGCUCGUAUGUGUGUAAAAAGUCGUCGUCUGGACGUGGCUCGUGUGUGUCUGGGCAACAUGGGGAAUGCACGGGCAGCUCGAGCUCUCAGAGAUGCUGAAAAAGAGCCGGAGGUGGAGGCGCAGGUGGCUGUUCUGGCUACACAACUCGGCAUGCUGGAGGAUGCAGAGCAGUUGUAUAAGUCAUGCGGGAGGUUUGAUUUACUCAACAAGUUUUAUCAAGCGGCGGGUCAGUGGCAGCAGGCGGUGGAGACGGCAGAAACACACGACCGCAUUCACCUCCGCACCACUUACUACAGCUACGCCAAACACCUGGAGGCCAUGGGGGACAAGAACCUGGCGCUGGUGUAUUUUGAGAAGUCGGACACACAUCGGUUUGAAGUUCCACGAAUGUUAAUGGAGGAUAACGUUUCACUGGAGAUUUACAUCAAUAAAAUGAAGGACAAGGAUCUGUAUAAGUGGUGGGGUCAUUAUCUAGAGAGCCAAUCAGACAUGGAGGCUGCGCUGCAUUAUUACGACUUAGCUCAGGAUUACUUGUCUCAAGUGCGCGUGCACUGCUACCUGGGAAGCAUUCAAAAGGCGAGUGAAAUUGCCAAUGAAACUGGCAACAGAGCAGCAUCUUAUCAUGUUGCACGGCAAUACGAGGGACAGGAUGAAAUCAGCCAAUCGGUGCACUUCUAUACACGCGCACAAGCCUAUAAUAACGCCAUACGACUGUGUAAAGAGAACAACCUGGAUGACCAGCUUAUGAAUCUGGCGCUGCUUAGCAAUCCAGAGGACAUGAUCGACACGGCCAUGUAUUAUGAAGAGAAAGGAACGCAUAUGGACCGAGCUGUUAUGCUUUAUCAUAAGGCAGGACAUGUCUCCAAGGCUCUGGAACUAGCUUUUGCAACUGAACAGUUUGGAGCCCUGCAGCUGAUCGCAGAGGACCUGAAUGAAGCCAGCGACCCUGCAUUAUUAGCACGCUGCUCGGAUUUCUUCAUAAAACACGCUCAGUACCAGAAAGCUGUGGAAUUGCUGGUGGCUGCCAAAAAGUACCAUGAGGCGCUCCAGUUGUGUUUGGACCAGAGUUUGACCAUCACAGAAGAUCUGGCUGAAAGUCUGACAGUGCCGAAAGACUCAACUCUUCUGUCUGAGGCCGGGAGGAAAGAGCUGCUGGAGAAAAUCGCAGACUGUUGCAUGCGACAGGGAAACUACCACCUAGCCACAAAGAAAUACACACAAGCUGGAAACAAGAUCAAGGCGAUGCGAGCGCUGCUGAAAUCAGGAGAUACAGAGAAAAUAGUCUUUUUCGCUGGUGUUUCCAGACAGAAGGAGAUUUAUGUAAUGGCAGCCAAUUACCUGCAGUCACUGGACUGGAGGAACGACGCGGAGAUCAUGAAGAACAUCAUUAGCUUUUACACAAAAGGACGGGCGCUCGAGCUGCUCGCUGGUUUCUAUGAGGCCUGUGCCGAGGUGGAAAUUGACGAUUAUCAGAAUUAUGAGAAGGCGUACGGCGCUCUGACUGAGGCAUGUAAAUGUUUAACCAAAGCAAAAGGGCGCAGUGGAGAAGAAGCUGACGGCAAGCUGCUCAUACUGACUCACAGACUCGGACUUAUCAAGAGGUUCAUUCAGGCACGAAGAAUGCAUGAGGAGGAUCCAGUAGAAGCAGUGCGUUUGUGCGAGUCUCUGCUGGAAGAGAAGGAUCUGGAUCUGGCAGUGCGUGUUGGAGAUGUGUUCGGCUUCCUGGUGGAACACUACUGCCAUCAUGGCAACUUCACGCAGGCAUGGAGUAAAAUAGAGGAAUUGAGAUCAACGCAUCCCAAAAUAAACCUGAGCAUGUAUGUGAGUCAAACCAGUCUGGAGGCUUUACAAAAUGCUGCUGGAAUCCGCCUGGUCUACAAAGAGACCAACACUCAUGCUGCUGACGAUGAUGAAGAGGUGGAGGAAGAUGAAAACAUCAAUCAUUGACAACAAUUCCCUCAAAAUACUACAUACAUUUCACAAAAACUAGCCUACUGAAGUCUCACUAUCAAGUCUUGGUUUACUCCUCCAUUUUUCUAAAAUGUGCCAUGUUUCUAUUGGACUGCCAGUCUAGCAGAUGGGAUGUUUUUGGGAGAUGAUGUGAGAUUUUGUAAAAGCCAUUUUGCAGGUUGCCUUAAGUAGAGAGUAGCUUGUUUGCGAAUGCCCAGAAUGCAUUUACAUAUUUGACGUGCGAGGCCUUUCAAUCAAGAAUAACACGGGACCACUAUAUUCGAGUUUUGUACAAUUUACAAACUAUGUAAUGACCAGACUUGUUCAACAACCUUUGUAUCAUAUAUAUUGUACUUAUUUUAAUAAAUAUUUUCUAUGUUUAUUAAAUCA